CGUCUUCCCUCUAUCGCACAUCAGACUUUUCCCCGUGGAGCUGGAGAACAAGCUUCAAUGAAAACUGCCUGCUUGCGGCUGUAAAGGGAUUGCAGGCACCACAGCCACUACUACUUCUGUUUUUCCCUGCCUGGCCAGAAACAUAAAACCAGAAGCUCCAUCAGCAGGUUGGAGAGGCUGCCUCAUUGCCUAGCAAACCUGGAAUAAUUUAUUUCUCUCUUCAGAGUCACUUCUUUUCCCUGCUGUUAUUGAAACUCUUUUUCUUACUUCAAAGUGAAUGAAACCAGACUAAACUCUGAAAGGGAAUGAAUGAAAUACAUACUGCUUGAGAAGAAGAAUCGCAUGAUUCUUGCGUAACAUCUGUGCAGCCUGAGACAAUGGUUUUGUCUGUCCCAGUUAUAGCUCUGGGUGCCACCUUGGGGACUGCAACUAGCAUCCUUGCCCUCUGCGGUCUUACCUGUUUGUGCAAAUGCAGGCAACCUAGGAAAGGACUCUCGGGAAAGGACCAAGACAUGGACAGUGAAAAUGCUAAGCCCAGUACGCUUCAGCCAGUCCAGCAGUUCAGCAUUAAGAAGACUACUGAACCCAUCCAGCCUCGGACCCUCCUGAUGUUUCCCAACGUCUAUGGCCCAAAGCCAGUCAUGACUGCCCCAGAAAUUGUUAAUUAUGUGGAUUAUGCCUUGAAGUCAACUGAAGAGCCAACUAGAGGAAAAGAUAAAGUUCAGGAUCAGAACAGAAUGAAGAUACAAGUCAAUGAGGAGUUAUUUGUUCUCCCUCAAAAUGUCCCAGGUGCAGUACAGGAUGUGUGUGUCACUGAGCACCUGAACCCUGAGAAAGCAGCCAGCUGUAACCAGGUCCCUGAACUCCGCUAUUCCCUUGGGUAUGAUGGACAGAAAGCUGAGCUGUGUGUGGCCUUUCUUGAAGCUAUGCAUGGAAGCAAGAUAGGGGACCAGGAUGCUGGCUGUGACUGCUACAUCCUGGGCACCUUGGUGAGCAAGUCUGGCACCACAGGGGCCCAGACAGUGCUGAAGAAGAAAGUGCACCACAUCAUCUGGGAGGAAGCUCUGCUGUUCCCGUUAGCUGAGGAGGAGGUGCUAGAAGGGAUGCUGACUCUCACCUUAAGGAACUGCGACAGGUUCUCUAGGCACAGCAUUGUUGGGGAAAUUAAACUGAGCCUGGCUAAUAUGGGGGAACCCUUCAGAAUGGCCCAGUGGGAGAAACUGAAGACCCCUGAGAAGGAGCCGGAUGCAGGCUAUGGGGAGAUACUCCUCUCCAUCAGCUAUCUGCCAGCAGCAAACCGCUUGCUUGUGGUGCUCAUAAAAGCCAAGAAUCUCCAUUCCAAACAGCUGAAAGAUCUCUUGGGAAAAGAUGUAUCUGUCAAGGUGAUCCUGAAGCACCAGUCUCUGAAACUGAAGAAGCAGACAAAGCAUGCAAAACACAAGAUCAACCCAGUCUGGAAUGAGAUGAUCAUGUUUGAAGUGCCCCAAGAGCUGCUACACACCUCCAGUGUGGUGCUAGAAAUGCUAAGCCAAGACGGCCUCGGGCAGAGCCAAUCACUGGGCAAGUGCAGCCUGGGUCUGCAUGCCACAGGCACAGAGAGGAACCACUGGGAGGAGAUGCUGAGGAACCCCAGGAGGCAGAUAGCCAUGUGGCACCAACUUCAUAUGUAGCCAGGCAAUCUCUGUCAUGACCAGCCAACUGCCUUUCAUACUGGGAGGUCUCUGAGUCAGGAGGAGUAAGCCAAGUUAUAUUUCAUCUUGCAGUACUGUGAACCACACCCAUCCACAAAAUGACCAAUCACAGCAUUCUGUUAUGGACACUGCCUUUUUCGGGUUUCCUGCCACAAGGACUCUCUCAAGCUAGACCAGGCACAGUCCUGAAGCGUACAUUGUAGGGAAGAGUCCUGAACUCUCUCCUAGGGAUGGAAUGCAUGACCCCAACAGACCUCUAACUUCUACAAGGACGAGAUUCUGACACUGAAAAGCUGCUGGUGAAAAUAAAUGGGGACUGUCAGAUAGGCUUUUGUAUGUGUUUAUAUUUAAAGGUGAGCUGAAAGGGGGGGAAAUGGGCUUGUGUUCUUAUUUACUGCUUUAUGAUGAAGAAAGAAGGCCUGGUUUUUAUUUAUUUAUUUAGUUUUCUGCUUGUUUUUUAUUUUAUAUGUUCAGGUCUUAUCUACCCUGCUUUCCCUUGAAGACUCUAUAGAUGACUGGAGAGCUAGCAGGUAUACAGCAUACCAUAGAAGGGAAACCUGAUUAAAUAAGAGGGAAAGUGAGUUUUAUUCACAGUGUUCAAACCACUUUGUCUUUUUAUUAACAUUUUUAAAAUCAAACACUUGACAAACAAUUUGGAAGAAAAACUCUCUUUGUUAAAGAGUUAACACCUCUAGCCCUUCAAUUAAUGGCAGAGAGAGAUCUCCCUGUCUGUGUCUAGCUCUACUACAGAGACCGCAGCAAAACAGGGAUGCGCAGAUUGACAUUUCUAAGGUUAAUACGUACAAGAAGAAUUUUUCUAUGAAUACAAAAUGAAAAAAAGGCACAACCCACCUUUUUGUUUGUUUUUUGCCCCUGUACACCUUUUUUCAGAAACACAGGAUUUCUGAGCUCCUCUCGGGAAUGUAAAAUUCAGGCUCAAAACUCAGGCCUUCUCCCAUCUCAGAAUGUGGUAGCCAAGUUCUCUAGUGGAAGUGACUGGGCUCUCUGCAUAGUUUGACCUCCCCAAAUUAGAGAUGCUAACACACGCUAUCAUUUUCCCCUGGUAUAUACUUAAAAUCUGUCUCUAUUCCUGUGAAAAAACCAAGUAAUGGAAAUAGAUGGGCCAGAAGGUUAUAACUCAGUCCCAGGUUUCUGACCUGUCAACAAACCUUCAUCACCAAAGCCCCCAUUGGGGUGGUGGUCUCUGCAAUAGUUGUGUCCAUUUUGCAGUCAAUGUUUUCCAUAUUGCUUUAUGUGGUCAUAUGGAACAAAAAUAGCAAAAAUAAACUGAUUCCUGAGAUAUGAAAAAGAGGCAGAAAUGGAAAAAGACAGUAGAGGAACACCGAGAAAAACAGAGAAAGAUGGGAGAGAGAGAGUAGAUCAUAUAAAAAGAGUGAGAGAGGCAAAGAAGCACAGGUAUUCUUCUGAGAGUGUACUGUACAUACCCAGCCUUUGAAGUGAGCACCUGCCAAACCCUGUGUCUGGAUUCCUUCCUGUUCCUUCAUUGCUGUAGUUUUUGAUACCUUGGAUUUAGGGUUGCUAAAAGCCAUUGAAAACAUGACAGCAUCAAGGUCCCUUAUCCCAAAUCUAUAUAUAUAUAUAUAAGUAGUGUAUACCUCUUUCUCCCAGUGUUCUUGGGGGACCUCUCCUCUCUGUCUCUCACAUGCAGGUCAUUGGCAUAAGAACAUAAAAACGGCCAUAUUGGGUCAGACCAUAUUGGGUCUAGCCCAGUAACUUGUCUUCCGACAGUGGCCAAUGCCAGGUGCCCCAGAGGGAAUGAACAGAACAGCGAUCCAUCCUACAAUUCAGAAAAAUCACUGAUGGUGUUCUAUCCAGUUAUUGCCAAUGAUUUGCCACAAAUCCUUCUACUUACUGCCAUCCCUUCUGCUUAGAAAUGAACUAAUUUCUGAGGUGAGCAGGCGUUGGAUAUUCUGAUUAUGUUCCAGGAAGCAGAUGAGACUGAGUAAAUUACAUGGGAUUGUUUCACCAACAGUCUGGGUUGGAUGCUGAGUGCCAUACUGAAACCCUAUCUUAGUUACCAGCACUGCCUAGAGGAGCAGCCCAGAAGGCUGCCAGGUACUACAUCAUCUCAGGACUGAAUGACUUUCUCUUCACUGGCCCACUAACUCACCAUCACCUUUCUCUUGUGCUUUUGAGAUUUGGCCUGAUUUAAAUGUAAUUAUUUACUCCCCUUUCUGUGUCUUGGCAUACAGAAGGGGUAUCGUCGACAGAGAUAUUGCUAUGUCCUAUGAGCUCACUGCUUGUCCUGCCACUCCAUUGCAAACAGCAGGCUCACCUUUAAGAGACAUGCAUGGGGACAAGGCAUUCAAGGGGCUAAAGAUAUGAUCAUACUGUCCAUAGCUCUGGAAUACGUAAGAGUAGGACAUGAGACUAAAAUUACAGUGUUUCCACUUAAUUCUAGCAAUGAUCGAAUUGAUGCACCAUUAAAUUUGAGUAAAACUACGAAAACCAAAGUAUUUAUAUUAACAAUUACCUAAUCUCCACCACAUUUGAUAAGGCUUGGUCACUUUAAACCUGUAUUAUUCACAGUUCGUUCCCUUGCCUACAGAAGAUUGCUGCUUAAUUAAGAAGCAAGAGCCAAAAUUCUGAACAAGAUGGAGGAAGACUCAUGGAGAUGCUAAAAAAAUGGAUUACAGCUAAAAGUUGUGUUAGCCACACUGUUGUGCAUUCCAGUUUACAUGGCACAAUGCCUAUAAUAUCAACAGCAGUAUAAUAAGAUUGAACAUUUAUUUAAAUCAAAGUAUAGACUUGAUUGAAAUAAGAGGCUGCAUGUUGGUGAAUCUUACCCCAUACAUCUUAGCCUCCGAUUACCUCUAUUUUACAUUGUUUUAUAAUUAUAAAACAGUAAUAUACCAUGAAUUAAUAGUGUUAACUUAUCGUAAUGAUAAGACUGAAGUAUCAUUCAGGAUGUUUGAUCCCAACCUCUUGCAGUAUCUAUAAUUUGGCUGUAGACUUACUACAGAUCUGGAACUUUUUUUUUGUUUUGUUUUAACUGUGCAAACUGAUUUUAACAUUCAGUUUCCUCUAUAAUUUCCUCUGAGUGCUGUUAAUCUGCCUUAUUUUUAUGAUAAGGCAUUUUUUCAUGGUGUUAGGAUAGUUGGCUAGCACUGGAGAUCCCGAAGGACCAGAUAUCUCUAUGACCAGAAAUCCAGGUCAUCAAGUUAUUGAUCACAAUUCAAACAUGGUGGUAUUAAUUAAACUGGUUGUUAUGGUCCCUUAUAGUGCAGAGGGGAGUGAAAUUGUGGAAAUAGUGGGGUAGCAUGGAGGAGGGGAUACAGCACUGGAAAUGCAGCUCCCUAAUUCCAUAUGUACCAUUUGUCAUAUAUGUUUCCCAUCUGUGGAUUUUUUACAUGAAAAGGGUAUUGGGACUACAAAACCUGACUUGUGAUCAGUAUGUAAAAAACCCCCCUCUAUUCUGUUACAAUAUGUACUCUAAGUGUAGGGUGCUGUAUCCCAGCUGUGUGGAUAGUUCUGUUCUGUCUGUUAGCGCUGAAUCAAUGUACCAGCAUGGAAGUAAGGGAGGAUAGUUGGAAAAAAUUGUUAGUUAUUAAAGUUUCUAUGCUAUGUUUUGUAAGUCAGUGUUAUAUUUGGUCUCCCUGCCCAAUUCUAAUGAUGUAGCAGCGACAUCCUGUCCUCCCUAAACUGCAAUUUCAAACUUCCGGUCCUAAAUUGUUCAGCAGUGUGGUUGCUUGCUGUGAAACAAAUGCUGUGUUUGAUAUGCAAAGGAAUUUCAUUUCAGUGAUGAAUGAAGUGAUCACUAUAUAUCCUCACCAGGGUCAGCAUGAGGCUCAGUAAAUUGAUGGACUCAUUUAUGCUUUCACACACUGAAGUGCAACUCCAUUAAAGUCAAUAGACUUGCACCAGUAUAAGUGAGAGGAGAAUCUGGCCCAAUGUUUGGAAAGCCUCCGAGGAAAGGAGCUAGAGAAGUGUAUGAUAUUAUUACCCAUCAUCAGGAAGCUGGAACCAGAUACAAAGUUUUUUUCCUCAAGAUGGGAGGAGGUUGUAGUUUGGCUCCAUUAGAGAGAUACGCCCAAGAGCUGAAGGGCCUGAAUUCAAGUUUCCCAGUGUUUGCCUGGGAUUUGGAUCUGAGAUUCCAGACUGAGCCCCUCUUUUAUCAUUAAACGAUACACAGGAAAUUCAGUUAUCUUACAAUUGCAACCAGCAUUACUUGAUUUCUAUUAUGUCCAGCUGAACUACAUACUGGACUCACUUGUAAUUACCUCCACUUCACAAUGUAAAGAGUCAUUGGUUCUCUGUUAUGUACUGUGUAGUGCAAGUUUUCAAUUGAUAUUCACCAGCAAAUGCAUGAUUCAUAUGUGAUUCAAUAAUGAGGUGGAAAAUAGGGUACAGUCCACAUCAGUAACAGAGGCUAGAGUUCAACACAAUGACAUUUACUAGCGCUAUGACAAAUUUACCAAAGGCACUGAACUUUUGGCCUCAUUUCUUGCACUUUUGUGAAUGUCAGUUUAGGUCUGAUUAGAUCUAAUUACAGAGCUGAGAUGGAACAUGUUACAUGUUUUAAAGUUCAGCUCAAUCACAACAGAAUUUUGUUCUCUUAAAGAAAGUUAACAGAGUGAUGAGCUAUCGGAAAUAAUAAUACUUAGCAUUCAAUGAACAGCACAGAAAAAUGGUGACAUGUGGCCUUCCAACAGGAAGGACCAAGCUCUUCUGGUUACUCAGCCCCUUUCACUGAUGUCUUUAUUGUACAGAACCAGCUUUUGGUUGUCUACCUUGUACUCACAGUCCAAAGCACAAAAGAAGAGCAUGAGAUUUUUCAAUCAUGUUGGACAUUACAGCACAAAUGUAAAUCUUCAAUAGUAAAUAAAUAAUUCCAAACUGUGAA